AUGGCCGCCAUCGCCAUGGGUGCGCAGCCUUUGCGCAUCACCUCUCUUCUUCCCCGAAUUUCCGCGCCGGCUUUCACUCAGACGCCAAGGAUACUUUCACUUUACACGCGUCAAGUCACCAACUCCAUCCUUCCGCUCUCCUUCGCCCUUCCUGCAUUUAACCUCAAUAUCCCUGCCUGGCUAGGCGGCAUCUGGGAAUCCAUCCUGAGGGCGGUGCCCAAGAAGAAGACCUCGCACGCCAAGAAGAGACACAGACAAAUGGCCGGAAAGGCGCUCAAGGACGUCAAAUCUCUGUGCAAGUGCCCGGGCUGCGGCCAGAUCAAGAGGCAGCACAUCGUAUGCCCACACUGCCUUAGCAAAAUCAAGGACUUGUGGAGAGAUGAGAACCCCUCGGGAAAGUUCAUCUAA